AACUCAUAUGUGUGCAUUGAAAGUACCCUCAUGGCUUUUUGGGUGUGAUAAAGAUGGAUUUGAAACCCAAGAACAAAGUGGCUAGACAUGAAGAAGCUUCAAUUGUUGUGCUUUACAGUUGAACAACCUAAAGCAGUAAAAAAAGUAAAAAAAAUUUAAAAAUAGCAGUAGGAAUAUAUAUAUAAAUUAUGACAUUUGGAGUGCAAACCCUAAUCUCCACUUUAUUUUUCUCAGUCUCACACUCUGACGCCCUCUGUUUUUUUUUUCCUUCUUUUUUUCCUCCUCACUCCCUCACACCCUCAUCCCCUCACUCCCUCACGCCCUCACUCCCUCACUCCCUCAGCCGAUCUGCAGUCUAUCUGUCCAUCUGCGUCUCAAUCCCUUACCUCACUGCCGUCCCUCGCCACACUGCCCUCACCGCCCUCACGCUAAAGUUUCAAGCCACCGUCACGUAGUCUGAGCUCCAUCGUCGCCGCGUCCCGCCGGUCUAGCCACGGCCUCCCCUCACCACUGUCUGCAAAUCAGGUUUCUGGAGUGUUGACAAACAUAUGUAGAUUCUUCAUAGCAUAUCCAUAAUUAGGAACUGUAAUAUUUGAAAUGAUCCAAGAGCUUUCUUGUUGAAGCAUUUCCUUCCGUUGAAUGGGCCUCCUUUGAAAGAUCAAAUUGAACAGAUUCUGAAGAGUGGCAUUCUUGCAGAAGAGUUUGCGUAGAUUGGUUGUUGGUCGGAAAAUGGUGAAGGAACUCGGCCCCGGAGCUCACAACCUGCCGGCGAAUGUUACUCAGUUGAUUGACCAACUAGAGCGCCACUGCUUAGCUCCCGAUGGUUCUCUCAUUUCCAAAUCCACCUACUAUGAUCUCCAACUCGCGAGGGAGGAGAUGACGAAAGAGCGACAGCGCUAUUUGGAAGCGUUGGCAGUUUACAUAGAAGCAGUUGGGAUGGUGGAAGAAUAUCAGCAAGCUCUUUCUGUGGCUAAUCUUGGUGGUAUUCGAGACGUUCAGGGCCACUACCCUCAGAUCGGUUUGAAAAACCCUCCUCAGGUUUAUGAAGCUCUUGAGCAUCGGAUGGUAGUUGCCGAAGCUGCUCAAAGGUUGAGGCUACCUCUGAUUUCCAAAGAUGGUGAGGUUCAAGAUGAUGAAAUUGAGAAAUGUAUACUCUCAAGAAGUUCCCUUGACAGUUCAGUCACCAGUGUUACAGUGAGCUCCAACUCAAUUUCAACUAAUUUCACUAAUCUGUCUGCAAGUGGCACUGCUGCUGCUGGAAUUAGUGCUCCAUCUAGUAGUGCUAGUGAUGCUUCAAAACCUUCUAUUGGAGGUGUUCCUAAUCGGUACCUUGGAAUAACACCUACUUAUUUAUGGCAAACUCAACUCCUGCAGUCACCACUAUCCAUGCAAUCACCACUAUCCAUGGACAUGGCCGAAUAUCAGAUAUUGCUUUCACGUGAGGUCGGGAGUCGGUUAGAUGCUAAAUGUGAUAAGUUAGCAGACGUUGUUGCUAUAGACGACAUCGAUCCAUCAGCUAGUAAUCAAAUACCAACUGCUCGUCUUCCCGAAAGGGUAAAGUUGAUAAUUGAGGAGAUUGAGAGAGAAGAAGCAACCUUGCGUGAAGAUUUGUAUUCAUCAGACAGAAAAUUUGCAGAAUAUUACAACGUUUUGGAGCAGAUACUAGGAGUGCUUAUCAAGCUUGUCAAAGAUAUAAAGUUGAAACAUCAGCAUAAAUAUGAUGAGCUGCAAAAGACUUGGCUGAGCAAAAGAUGUGAUACCAUGAGUGCAAAAUUGAGGGUUUUAGAGCACAUUCUCCUGCUUGAGACUUAUACACCAGACACAAUUCCAGCACUCCAUAAAAUAAGGAAAUAUUUGGUUGAAUCUACAGAAGAAGCUUCACUUGCAUAUAAUAAAGCGGCCACCCGUCUCCGUGAGUAUCAGGGUGUUGAUCCGCACUUUGACAUGAUUGCCAGACAAUACCAUGACAUAGUCAAGAAAUUGGAAAAUAUGCGUUGGACUAUCCAGCAAGUUGAAAUGGACCUGAAGCGUUUGCCCGCUCAUCCUGGAGCCUGAGUAUUUUGAUUCUGUCUUUCCACUCCAGGAGAUCAAUGCAUUAGAGGAUUUAAGUUACAAGAGCUCAUUGUUGUGUGUAUUGCAUUUUUAUCAAGUUGUCUAAUUUACACAUCCUGUUGCCAAUGUUGCAACUUGCAACAAGAGCAUUUAGAGUUGCAACACUAAUUAAAUACCAUGUCAAAUAGUAAAAUAUUUUAUUAAAAAUUUGGUCUUAAAUAGCAAAUUUUUUCUCAAUGUA